UUUCAAUCGUAAUCGUCGUUCUUCUUUAGGCCUUGCUUGCAGAACGAGGAAAAUUUUCCGUCUGCUGAAUCGACUAGGAUUUUCUGAUGAAAUUUUUGCCAACUUAUCGCGGUCGAAAUCGAUCCCCGAAUGCUCGUAUGCCUAGCGCCAGUCGCGAACGACUAAUUGAAUGUUAAUUCGACCCCUCGAGGGUCCGUUUCGGAGCCGUACGGGGCUUUUCCAUACGCCUGGUCCCUAGCGAGAGAUUUUCUAUAUUGCGGCCACCAUCACGGGAACACUCUGGAAGACAUUACUCGGUAUAUCGGUAGAAAGGAGGAAAAAAUUUCGUUCGAAAAACGAGAAAAAGAAGCCGAUAGUGCGUGUGUUACGUCGUGUGCUGGUGACGGAACUACGGGAUAGUGCUGGUGAAACGGGAAUACUGGAACCGAAAUCCCGGCGAAGUGCGUGAAAGUUUCAUAGAGCCAACUUCCGGAAAGUGGGACGCAAAGGCUUCGUAGCUUUCUUGUGCAUCGUGUUUUUUUUCCUGCUCUUCUGAGGAGGCAUAGCGCUAGGAGGUUUCGAAGCGAAGUAGUUGAGUGUGAGUGUGUAGAGCAGCUCAGCCAAACGUCAAAAAAGCGGAACCAUCCGUAGGACGGAUGUUCCGACGACGUGAAAUUCUGAACGGACCAGAGCAAUGUCCUGUGGCUAACCGACCAAUCAACUGCAUACAACAGCCGGGAACCAGAUGCGACCACUGAAGUCGCUAGUGAAUUAAAAAACCGAUACCAAAAUCUGUCGGAAUAACAGAAAAAACGCUACAAGCUAACAAAGAGUUAGUUUGAGAAUUGAUAACACGAAGUGAACAUCAUCCCCUAUAUGCGAAGCAUAGAAGGAGUUUACUGAUAUCAAAUAUUCAGUAACAGUUGUUUACACGGGCUGUUGAAUUAAUAUCAGCCAACAUAAUCCAACAAAGUGUGUAAUGUAAUUACCAAAGUAGUUUAGCGAGAGUGUAGAAUUGAGUGUGGGUUCAACGUUGAACAUUUAGUUACUGCCUCUAAAAGUAGCCAACUGUAGAAAGAAGGGUGGCAGUGAUAGUGUGAACCUUAGAACUAGUCUUCUUAUUUGAAUUGUGGUAGUAGCAGCAUCAGGUCACGGUGCAAAUGGAUCGAGAAAGGGACGAUCGAAGCCCCAAACGCUCAAAGCACUCCAAAAAGCGUUCCAAGAAGAGUAAGAAAUCGAAGAAACGGCGACACGCUUCCAGCGACGAGGAACAGCAGCAACAGUCUUCUUCAGAUGAGCGACAUAGUCAUCGCAGGAACACCGAGAGUAGCCGGGGAUCGACGGGAAAUGGCAGCUCUAGUAAGCUAGCAGUCGAAUAUUCCGAUGUAAGUUCGGACGAAUUUUCCGCACCAGAGGCGGGUGAGAUUGAAACCGAUGGCAGUGUGUCACCCCCCUUCGCCGGAACUGCCUCUCGCACUGAAUCCAGCAGUAAUUUUAGUAAAACUGCAGACGUUUCCGCAAAUACGACCGUAAAAUUGUACAGUAAAAAUCCAACUCAGUUAGUUCAGCAUGAUAGUAUGAGAGGAGGAGAUCUCUCUUCCUUGCAUUCAAUUUCGACACCGACUGUGACUUCGAGUACUCCGACGCAGGCGGUGGCAGCGGGGAUGACCCCGGAAAUCCCUGGUGCAACCGUUAGUAGUAGCACAAGUAGCGCCACGCAUCCCUCUUUGGCCGAGAUUAUUUCGCAUGGCGGCACUCCAACGGGCUCCGUUACCUUGACAGACAGUGGGCGAAGGGUCAGCAUCACUGCCACGUCGCCAAUCAGCCAAUCGUCACAUUCGCAUUCUUCCCGAUCGAAACGUAAAAAUUCUAUAUCAUCCGAUACUUCAUCUAUGCCACAGGCUUCGAAGCAUCAUCAUCAUCAUCACACGCGCUAUCUAGAACCGCCCGCGUCUCCGACCGAAGAACCAGAGCCGGACGGCGAAAUGAUGCUGGAGGAAGAGAUGGUCGAAGAGGAGGAGGAAUAUGAAAUCGUCGAAGAGGAAGAAGAGGAAGAGGAGGAGGAGGAAGAAGAGGUAGGGCGGAAACGGAAGAAAAGCAAGAAAGACAAGAAACACAAGAAAAACAAAAAGUCCAAAAAGCGGAAAAAGAAACGGGCCCGUUCGAUUUCGAGCGUGGAAACCAUUUCCGAGAGCGAAGACUCACUACUCGGUUGCAUGGAAUCGUUGACCCCUCCGCUGAAGAGUUCGCCCGAGUACCAGAAGACGUACACUCCGGUGCGCAAUGAAGAAAGCCUCACGCCUCGAUCACCUGGUACCCCUCCAAUGCGACCAUCGAGUCGUCUAGUAAACAGUCCAUUUGCAGACGUAGGUCGCAGUCGCGGUAGUCCACAUCAAGGUAGCGGAAGCAGUCGGCAAAGCGGUCCCCCCUCACGAAAGUUGUAUCAAACGACAUCCUCGCCCCACACGCCCCCGGUGAUGCAUCAUCCGAAAAGGAUGACUGGUGGCCCAAUGGUACCGGAAAGUCCCAUUGCAAUCAACGAUAGUCCUCCAUCAAGGAGCGGAGGAGUUCGGUACAGAAGGAGUCCGUCGUCUAAUGCUAGGCACGGUUCUAGCCGAGGGGAACCACGCAAAAGUCUCAGUCCGAAUGGACGACACAAGCCUUAUUCUCCGCCUCCAGCGAAACGUCGAAGGGGAGACGAGAAGGAUUACUACCGGAAGGACUCAAAACGGUACGGAAGUAGUAGACGAGAGGCUCCUUGGGACCAACACGACCGGAGAGGAGAGCCCGCUAGAAGGAGUCCAAGUCCAGUUAGCAGUAGUCAUCGACGAAGGAGAUCGCCCUCUGCACCGAAAUCACGAUCUCGCAAAAAUUACUACAGUCCAUCGCCUGAUCGCGGCAGGAGUCGAGCACGAUCCCGGCAUCGAUCACGAAGUCCCAGGAAAACAUCGGCUACUAGUCGACGCUACUCGAGUGAGAGCCGAUCUCGUUCCCCCGGACCAGAUGUAACGAAGAAGUUUGACAUCAAACAGAAAAUUACCGAUACCAGCUUCUUCGCGGAGCUGAUCAAGGACAAACACAAACGACAAAAGACGCUCAAAGAGAUUCUGGCAAAGAAAGAAUCAUCGACAGAUAUAACGGUGGUCAGUGAGAAUAGCAUGUCCAACGAUUGUUUAGUGACCAAUUCGGAUGGCAAUGCUAGCAAUUCGAAUGGAAUGCGGGGAGGAGACGUUACGGUGGGUGACAUUCCGAUGCCAGAUCAAUCGGAUGGUUCCUCGCGGAUACCGGUGAUCUCGAGGGACACAGUCGAUACGGUGGGCACCACGACACUAGGCGAAGGAAUCAGCCACGACUCACGAAUACCUGUGAUAUUGAAUAGUAAAAGCAGCGAUAGUCUCAAUCCAAGUGCCAGUAAACCGAGCAGCGUGUCGACAACGACAUUAGCCGGGGAACCAAAAUUAUCAACAGCAGUACUCAACAAGCCAAAAAGUCUUACGAAUCUUCCGAUGCCUCCUGGUGUAAACCUGGCGGACGUCGUGGGUGCCCAAACUCCCAGUCCUCCAAGGCAAAUUAGCCCGGUGGCUGGUGCCCACAUGAAAGUCAUGCAAAUCCCAACGCUCACUACCACAGGGGCUAUCACAACGCCAAGUGUCAAUAGCUCCAACAGUCAUCAUCAUGGUCAUCACGGCCAUCACACUAGCAGCCAUCACCAUGGCAGUGGUCACAAAAGCAAACGCAAUAGUGGAGGAGCUGGUGAUCGGAAAAGUGCUUCCGCUAGUAGUAGUAGUAGUUCGUCGGCAAUUCCCACAUCCGGUAAGAAGGGUCUGUUGAAUCUGCCGAUGCCUCCAAUGGUACCUGGUUCGGAAGAUCUGAGCGGUGACGAGGACAUUGGAUCGCCGCCAUCGGUGUCGAGCACCCCGGACAAACGGGGCAGCAGCAAAUACGGCAGCGGCCGAAAGUCGGACAGUGACAACAAAAAACCCAAAGGUCGUCCGCGGAUAUUGAACAGGCGACAUUCGCGGAAUAUGCUCGGUCCUAUGUCCGCCUCCGGUGGCAAAGAUUGGGGCGAACGUUGUGUGGAAGUUUUCGAUAUGAUCGAACAGAUCGGCGAGGGAACCUACGGACAGGUUUACAAAGCCCGCGAUCAGGAAACGAACGAACUGGUCGCCCUCAAGAAGGUCCGGUUGGAACACGAGAAAGAAGGAUUCCCCAUAACGGCAGUUCGAGAGAUAAAAAUCCUUCGCCAACUAAACCACAAAAACAUCGUGAACCUGCGCGAGAUCGUGACCGACAAGCAGGACGCACUUGAGUUCCGCAAGGAUAAGGGUUCAUUCUACCUGGUGUUCGAGUAUAUGGAUCACGAUCUGAUGGGUUUGCUCGAAUCCGGGAUGGUCGAUUUCAACGAACAAAACAAUGCCAGUAUCAUGCGGCAACUGAUGGACGGUUUGAACUAUUGUCACAAGAAAAAUUUCCUGCACCGGGACAUCAAGUGCUCCAACAUUCUUAUGAACAACAAGGGUGAAGUAAAGCUAGCGGAUUUCGGUUUGGCACGCCUGUAUAAUGCAGAAAAUCGGGAGCGACCAUACACGAAUAAGGUCAUCACCUUAUGGUAUAGGCCACCAGAGUUGCUGCUCGGCGAAGAACGUUACGGGCCUGCCAUCGACGUUUGGAGUUGCGGUUGCAUUCUAGGGGAGCUGUUUCUUAAAAAGCCUUUGUUCCAGGCUAAUAUGGAACUGGCGCAGCUGGAGAUGAUCUCCCGAUUGUGUGGUACUCCAACGCCAGCAGUUUGGCCUAAUGUCAUCAAACUUCCCUUGUUCCACACGUUGAAGGCAAAGAAACAGUAUCGACGAAAGAUUCGGGAAGAUUUCGUCUUCCUGCCAACGUCCUGUCUGGAUCUGUUGGACAAAAUGUUGGAACUGGAUCCCGACAAACGAAUAACAGCCGAGGGAGCACUGAAUUCUGCUUGGCUGAAGAACAUUGUACCCGACCAAUUACCACCACCCAAGCUCCCGACCUGGCAGGAUUGUCACGAGCUGUGGAGCAAGAAGCGAAGACGGCAGCUGCGCGAACAGCAAGAAUCGGCCGCCAACAUGCCACCCGGUAAACCCGUACUGAAUCUGUUGAAGCCCUCCACAGCCGUGGGUGGGGCUGGUCCUCCACCGAAACCACCCGGUGGUGGCCCAGGCGGCGGCAUGGAGCUUGGUUAGACUUUUAGAAGUGAUGCAGCAGCAAUCAAGGUUUACUGCGAAAGACUACAAAAACAAGUGCCCUCCUCCUGCUGAUAUAGAAGACUUAUCUCUCGUGUUGGUCCAACAGAGGAAAACACAAAGAAGACACUUGUUAGUCAGUGAGUCAGGGAGGCUUUAGGUUUUGGUCCAACAUAAGUCAAGUGCCGCUUUAUGAUCGUCAUGCGUAUGCAAUUGGAAAAAGAGGAAGAUGUAAAGAACUAGGAUUAUCGUAUGUAUAUUCUUUCGGUGAGGGCGAUUGUGAGCGUGAGCGUGAGUAUUCUACGAAUAUGCAAAGCAUAUGGGGAGCUGGUUCUUCCCCAGCCCCCGCCCAGAAAUAAUCUCUUUCUGGAUUUUGUCUAUGAUCAAAGCACUUUCUAGUUUCCUCCGAUACAGCGAAAACUGAAGGAAAAAUUAUACAAAGGCUAUCAAUUGAGCUGAGUUUUUUUUCUAGUUUUUUAUUACCUAAAAUGCAGAAGGAAGAAUGAAACAAAUAUAGAAGAAAUAGUGUAUAGAAAAAUAAAGUUAGUAGAGAUUCUGUACUAAAUAUAAGUAUAUAUUAAAAAAUAAUUCAGCUUGCAUGCAACACGCAAAACACUGAAAUACCCGUUGUGUGCACCUUGACAGCUGAUACUUGUACAGUUAUUUCAAACGACAAAAGGAUCCUAGGUGUGUGGAACCACCUCUGUAAAUUUGUUAUCAAAUGAACGUUAGGCUCUAGGAACAAGGGGAAGGUUUUUACCCUUUCUCACGAUUUUGUUUUGUUAUCAAGGGAACAAUAAAACCGCUAGCCGAUUAGUUGAGAUGCGAGAUAGCGGCAAUCAUUAUGUUUCGGAACUCUUGGUCACCCACCUUAUAGUUUUCUUUUUCUGUUUUUUCUGCAAUCGUUUGAGAUGUUUCUCAUCUAUUUUUUUCGAAUCCGAUGCAAAAAAACCCCGAACUACACUAGUAUCUCAGAAUUUGAGAAACGAAGAGUAGCAUAAAAUAUUCCUCACUUAGCAGGGGGUAUCAACUCCGCGCUAGAUUUCGUAUAAUCUGUUAACGAUAACAGGGACGGUGCAUCACGUUGCGGAGUGAAGUGAUGUACCUUCAUCGACUACUAUCAACUUAUUUUUCACUAUAGGAGAGAAGGACUAAGAAAAGUGAACAAAUACCCUCUGAUUUAUAAGUAAAGAAAGCAAAAAUAUAAUAAA